ACAAAGUUUUCAAAGACCGCAAGCGUGCAUAUGUACGCGCUGGUUCAACGCGCGGGGGUACUGUGCAUUCGAGCGAAAAAGGAAACAAAGAAAAAUUGAAAAAACAUGUGAUAAACGAGGUGGUAACCGCGAUCGUGGUGCGGAGCGAUCCGAAAAAUGUAAUGAGCAUGCGCGUAUAUAGUCGAGCGUGCGGAGCUAAAUUUCCAAGGCGCAUGAUCUUAAAAAUUAUACCGCGACAAAUCAAUCACCGCGAGAUAUAGUAGUUAUAAUUAUGAAAAGCGUCUCUAUUUUUCCUCAUCGUGGUAACCCACGCGGAAAAGAACGAUAAAUAAAUAUAAUAGCAGGGCGUUGACUCAAUAAGGGUCUGCGCGCAGCAGCAUAUGCAGCAGUCGCGUAUAAAACUUAUUAGAUCGCGGACCAUGAUUCGUUGCUGGUGGGACUGCAGCAUCAAAGAUCGCGAUGAUAACCGUUACAAGUGUGUGAAAAAUGUAAAUUGCGAUAACGAUAUAAAACAAACGUUUCAAUAUACGCGAUGGUUCCUUACUUUUUUGGGAAUUUGGCCGAUAACAAAGUCGAGCGAUUCGUCAGCAGGAGGAUCGAGAAGGAUAUCCUUCAUAAUAAUUCUAACAUGCACCGUAAUGAUUGUUUUUACAUUCAUACCAGGUGCUUUGCAUACAGCAUUUCGUGAAAAAAAACCUCUCCGCAGGCUCAUUUUGAUGGGUCCUGUGAGCUCCUCAUUCGCAAGUUUUCUCAAAUACGCAUUAAUGGUAUUGCGCGCGAAAGACAUUAAAAAGUGCGUCGAAAAGAUCGAAAAUAAUUGGAUUACAUGCGAGAGUGAAAAUGAACUUGCGAUAAUGAGGAGAAACGCGACCAUUGGACGAGGAAUAACGAUAGUCUGUAGUUUGUUCUUGUACACAGGUGGAAUGUCGUAUCACACGAUAUUGCCUAUUCUCAAGGGUUCCAAAAUCAACGAAUACAACGUUACGAUAAGACCUCUCGUUUAUCCUGGUUACGAUAUUUUCAUCGAUCCACAAGCUUCUCCGACUUAUGAAAUUCUUUUUUUUCUCAUUUGUGUUUCCGCAUUCGUCCGAUAUACCGUUACCAUUACUAUUUGCAAUCUAGCCGCGGUUUUCGUUAGUCACGUUUGUGGACAAAUUGAAAUCGUUAUUUUACGAUUAAAUAUCCUCUUCGAUGGUAUCGUCGAUGCUGAUGAACAAUGCAGAAAAAUAAUCGAGAAACGACUAUCUUUGGCGAUACAAUGUCACGCACGGAGUCUUCGGCUAACUUUUCAUAUUGAUCGAGCGUUGAGAGAUAUAUUUCUCAUUGAAGUUGUCGCGUCGACAGGAAUUAUAUGCUUGCUCGAAUACUACCUCAUGACGGUUUGGAACAACAGCGAAAUUAUUGCCAUUAUGACGUAUUUUAUACUGCUGACAUCAUACGUAUUUAAUAUAUUCAUCCUUUGCCACAUUGGCGAACUACUCAAGGGACAGUUUCAGAAAAUUGGCAGAGCCGCGUACAUGAUCGACUGGCCACGAUUGUCGGAAAAAAACGGCCUCGCGAUCGUUCCGAUCAUGGCCGUAUCGAACUCGUCUCGUCAACUGACCGCUGGACACAUGAUGGAGUUUUCUAUGAGCAGCUUUGGUAUUAUAAUGAAAACAUCCGUCAUGUAUUUGAACAUGUUGAGAGCAAUCGCAGUAUAAUACUACA